GUAUUCUUUGCUAUAAGCUUCGCGCAGGCUUUGGUCGUAGUUUGUUAUCGUGUAGAGGCACUUCAGGAAUUCUACGAAAAUAGUUAGCGGUAUUUAUUUUAUUUGACACAAAUUGCUAUGGCUUUCAAACCAAUUGAUCCUAAACGAGACGAAUUUCGACGAUAUUUGGAGCGAGCUGGUGUCAUCGAAAGCCUCACAAAACUAUUUGUGAGAUUAAAUAAAGAACGACCAGAAAAUGCUUUAGAAUAUAUAAAGCAUAAUCUCGGUGAAUCUUUAGAGGAAGCUGACAAUUUGGCAUAUCUACAGACGGAAUUGGUUGAAGCUAAGAACGAAAUAGAGCGUCUACGUAAUUUAAUCAAAAAGGUUGACCGUACUGUUCUCGAUGAUUUAACUUCACCAGAAAAUAUUGAGAUAGUUGAAUCUAACCAGAAGGAGAUAGUUACUACUUCUGAACAGUCUGAUUCUGUAGCGAAUGAAAUUACCAAAACUGAAACCAUUCUGGAAAAUAUUACCAUUAAUGAAACGUCUAACAUUCAAUCACAAUAAUGAAUCAAAGAACUUGUCAAACAAUAUUGUAAUAAUGUUGUAUAUGUAUAUAUGCGCUCACAUUAAAUUAGUAUUAAUACAGGCUAGUUAGAUUAAA